GGGCGGGGCGGGGAAGACGCUGGACUCGAGUCGGACCGGCGCCCGGCGCGAAAAUCAUCCUCCAGUCGGAAGCAAACCCGCGUCGAGUGCGACACGCCGACCAUCCUCGCCAGCAAAGUUGUGAACAAGAGUUCGUAGCUUUCGCUUUUUUCCAAAAUGGUGGCGUCGACCAACGUGCCUUGCCCCGUGCUGCCCGAGGGCUGGAGGGUGCCCGCCGAACUGCGCAAGAAGGUCCUGGCCAAGCUGGAGACGAACGACGACCGCCUUGCGAAGGACGCGGAAACCCUCAGAGCCUGGGUCAACAUGCAGCCCCAUCUGCCACACCUGCCAGAGUCCGAGCUAUACAUGCUUAAGCAGUACCUCGUGUACUCAAAGAAUUCGAUGGAGAAGGCGAAGAGAGGUCUGGACACCUACUACACCGCCCGUUCGGCGCACUGGGACUUCUUCGGUAGCUUCAACAUCGACGAGGAGCGCAUGAAACGCUACGCCUCCCUGAUGCAGAUCGGAAUGUCCAAGGAGCUGACCGCCAACUUGCACCGAAUCCUCUUCGUCAGGACGACGCCCGAAGAACUGACACCCCAGCUCAUGGACCUGCUAUGCAGCAUCAACCUCCUGAAGGCCGACAUCAUCCUGCGCCUCGACACUUGUCUCGGGUUUGAGGUGAUCAUCGACCUGGCCAACUAUUCGUCCAACCACGCCAAGAUCAUGGCCAUGUCGCUCACCACCAUGAAGAACUACCUCACGUGCACGCUGAAUGCGCUGCCCGUCAGAGUGAAGCACCUCCACUUUGUCAAUGCACCUUCCAUGUUCACCACCACCUUCUCCCUCAUCCAGCCCAUGCUCAAGGAAAAGUUGAGGAAGCGGGUCCUGAUGCACAAGAGCCUUAAGAGCCUGUACGCGCACGUGUCGCCGCAGUACCUGCCCCGUGACAUGGGCGGCGAGCUCCCCAGCACCGAGGAGAUGGAAGUGGAACUGAGGAAAAUCUUCCUGGGCUUGUCGGACAUAUUCGCGUUCCAGAGGACGCUCAAGACCGACGAGUCCAGGCGGCCGGGUGGCCCCUCUGAGAUGCACGGCAACACCUUCGGCUGCGAAGGCAGUUUCAGGAGCAUCUCACUCGACUAGCGCGGGUCGCAGCGGAAGUGUACCGAGACUGUUUAAGCGAGGGAAAAAAAACUGUUGUGGGUAAACAAGGUGCAUGACAUGUGUGCCUUGGGCGAAGAAACGAGUCUGACCAAAUGGUGACCAUCACCGUUUGAUUGUAUUUUUAAUGUGAUAUGAUAAGAGUCUGAUGCGCGGAUUUGCAGCAUGUGCAGUUCCGCAGCUUCAGUUAUUCAUUUCUUUCCAAAGUAUUC